UGUUUUACUAACUUCAUGCGUCAUUUAUCCAGCUGAGUAAAAUUUUUUUCCCAAAGUUUUUUUUAGAGAAAAAUCACUGUGAAAAGUUUUCUCAAUAUUGGAUAUUAAAUAACGCAAGAGUUUUUGCAAAGGGGAUUUAUAUUUGGAUUCUGUGUGCUCUAGUUGUGUGAACUUCCUGGAAAUGGAAUCCGAUGAGGAAUCUUUCGACAAUGAUAAUGUUGAUUCGGGAAACGUCUCAAGUGGCGAUGAUGAUUUUGCCAUGGAAGUGGAUAUCAAUAGCUCCAAGGAUCGUCAGGCAGAGCAAGAUGAUUAUCCGUACGAAGUUCUAACAACAGAGGAGAUUGUUCAGCAUAUGGUGGACUGCAUCCGGGAUGUCAAUACUGUCGUUGAGAUCCCCGGAACAACAACGCGUAUUCUUCUCAAUCACUUCAAAUGGGACAAAGAGAAGCUUAUGGAGCGUUACUACGAUGGGGACCAAGAGAAAUUCUUCCGGGAUGCCCAUGUAAUAAAUCCAUUUAAUAAGCCCAAUACAGUCAACAAACCAAAGGUGAAACGGUCCGGAACUGAAGAGUGCGAAGUUUGUUUCUCACAAUUUCCACCAAGUAUGAUGACGGGUUUGGAGUGUGGGCAUCGUUUCUGCACAACAUGCUGGGGUGAAUAUCUAACCACAAAAAUCAUGGAAGAGGGUUUAGGGCAAUCGAUUGCCUGUGCAGCACAUGGUUGUGAUAUUCUUGUGGACGAUGAGACGGUAAUGCGGCUUGUGUCGGAUUCACGUGUGAAACUCAAGUAUCAACAUCUAAUCACAAAUAGCUUCGUAGAGUGCAAUCGUCUUCUGCGUUGGUGUCCAUCUGCUGACUGCACGUACGCCAUUAAGGUGAACUAUGUGGAUCCCCGACCAGUUUGCUGCAAAUGCAAACAUGUGUUCUGCUUUGAGUGCGGCGAGAAUUGGCAUGACCCCGUUCAGUGUCGUCUACUGAAGAAGUGGAUUAAAAAGUGCGACGAUGACUCGGAGACAUCAAACUGGAUUGCAGCCAAUACGAAGGAAUGCCCCAAAUGCAAUGUAACCAUUGAGAAGGAUGGCGGUUGCAAUCAUAUGAUAUGCAAGAAUCAGAAUUGCAAACAUGACUUCUGCUGGGUAUGUCUGGGCUCGUGGGAGCCCCACGGAUCAUCGUGGUACAAUUGUAAUCGCUACGAUGAAGAUGAGGCACGGGCAGCGCGCGAUGCCCAAGAAAAAUUACGAUCAUCACUUGCAAGAUAUUUGCACUACUACAAUCGCUACAUGAACCACAUGCAAUCACUUAAGUUCGAGAAUAAGCUCUAUGCAUCGGUCAAGGCGAAAAUGGAGGAAAUGCAACAGCACAACAUGUCAUGGAUUGAGGUUCAAUUCUUGAAGAAAGCUGUGGAUAUUCUGUGUCAAUGUCGGCAAACAUUGAUGUACACGUACGUUUUUGCGUAUUACUUACGGAAGAAUAAUCAAUCGCAAAUAUUUGAGGAGAAUCAAAAAGAUUUGGAAUCAGCCACUGAAAAGUUGUCCGAAUAUCUAGAGCGUGAUAUAACGUCAGAAAAUUUAGCUGACAUCAAACAGAAGGUCCAGGACAAGUAUCGAUACUGCGAAAAGCGCCGUAAAGUUCUCUUGGAUCACGUUCAUGAGGGAUAUGAGAAGGAUUGGUGGGACUACACUGAAUGAGCUCAUUAAGCAGUCACACAUAUGCGAAUGUGAAUUUCCUAGUGAAUUUCUAACACUUUUGGCGAUGAAAAGAAAAAAUUAUGAAAAUAAAAAUCUGUAUAAAAAAAACUACUACUCCCUUUUAGAUUUGUGCCGUAAUAUUAAUUAAAAAAAAACAAAGAAAAUAAGAAAAAAAUGAACCAAUAGAAAAGAUUAACAUGAUAAAAAUUAUAAAUAUAGAAACAGCUCUUAGUUGCCACACUAUGUGGCAUGUUAAUAAAAAGUAUUUUUUCAUUAAAAUUGGAAUUUCCUUUAUUCAUCUAACGUGACGUACAGAAAACUCUGAAAAAUUAAAUCUAUACAGAAAAGCUAUAUUUUCGAUCAAGAUUUAACUAUUUUGACACCAAAUUUCUUCAGCUUUAUACUAAAAAGAAAAGAAAAGAAAAUGAGAAAGAAUGAAAGAUAAAUUUUAAAAGAUUAACUAUGUAAUCGUUAUAUUGUUUUUAGAAAAAAAAAGAGAGAGAAAGAAAAUUACUGAAUUAAGAUUAAUGAAAAAAAAUUUUAAAAUGAGUGAUACAAGAAAUACUGUUAAUUUUAACGUGUUUUGCUUAUAUUCUUUUUAUAUAAAUUAACUUAUAGUAAUUGUAUAUUCACUCAGAAGAACAAAUUGUUAUUGUAUUCAUCUACUAAAGGUUCUAGGUCUCAUAUAGGCAUUGCGUAGAACAUCUCAAAAAGAAACUAAUUUUUGGUUUUAUCAUCAUUUUUUUAUUUUAUUGGUCGUCAAAUUAAAUUUUAUUUUUGUAUUUUUAACCUUUUUUUUCGUAACGUGGCGUAUUUGCAUAAAAUUGUAAUUUUUUAGACAAUUUUUGUUUUUAAUAAACAGAAAAUAAUAUUCUAGUUUAAUUCGCGAUAUCUAUAGAGACCAAAAUACUUCUGAAAAUACUUCUUUGUAAAUUCAGAAUUUAAAAAAGUCCUGUUUUAUGAAAAAAUUGUAUUAAUUAGGAACAAGUUUAGGAAGGACUAUGUAGGAACAUGGUGAAAAAAAAUGGACAUGAACAAUAAGUAUAUAGGUAUGGAAAUGCCAUUUUUAGUACCAGUUACAAAAGGAAAAAAAAACAGAAAAACUUUAAUCCUAAUUCCUUUGCAAAAAAAAUUCUCAAUCCUCUGUGAAGAAAUCCCUUCGGCAAUAGAAGCUGAGAGAAUCUAUAUAGAAAUUUAGCUUAUGGUGAAUAUAUUAGGAGUAAUAAUGAGAGAAAAAAAAAGAAGAAAAUAGAAUGACAAAAAUCCAUAAAUAGUGAUUAAUUCUUUUAAAUCAGGAGGUGAGUCAUGAAAAUUAUUAAGGAACAAUCUAAAAAGCAAAAAAAAAUGCAUUGAAUGAAACUAAACAGGAUGAUUAGAUGAAAGAAGAGAGAUUUAAAUUUAUUUAAAUGCUAAUUGUGUAUUAAAUUAGUAAUAUAAUAAUACACGGUUUAUUUUUCAAACAAA